AUGUCUGCCAAUAACAGGCUGGACGAGCACACGGACUCGAAAGCCACUUAUGACCUCAACAACGGCCAGAAGGCAAACAUCUGUCUCUGCUCGCACGAGCUCAAAUUGACUCCCAGUCGAGUGGAUUACAUGAGGUUCCACAAAGCCUUAUUUGAGUAUCUUCGCGCCAACAAGGCACACCUCGAAUUCGAGGAUGUCUUUGGAAAUCCGGCACGCGAAACCCUCCUUAAGACUGGAUGCGGCCAUGCUGCGAGAUGCUGCGUCACAGAGCCGCACGCGCACUCGUGGUCUGUGAACAAGAAAAACCGCGUAUCUCUUGAAGACGGUCUCUGA